CGUUGCCGGUCAUCCGAACCAACACCGAAUCCAUACAACAGUCGUCGCAACUCCUCUCUCUUUAAGGUUUUUUACCGAUCUGAGGUGUGUCGCGACCUCGACUCGCCGAUCAAGGUGCUGAUAGCCUCGAAUGCAAACGUAGGCGGACCAGCAACUGCAGCUGCAAUGGCCUCUGCCCGAUCGUGGCCUGAGAUGGUGCAGCCUGCUCUCCUCACAGGCACACUGGGAUAUGUAAUUGGAACUGCAGUGGGGUGUGCAGUAGGAGGCUUGUUACAUUUGCUUCCUUGAUGACAGAUAAAAGUCUUCCUAAGGAUGUGCAAAAUUUUUGGGGGGUUGGAUUAAGCUGGCUGGUUUCUUUGGAGCAAUUACUGGGUUCGCCUUCACGAGUCUCUAACCCAGGACUGCUGAACAUAAACUCUUCUCAUUGUAUACCCAACUUCAGGUAGAACCAGCUCUUCCAGGAUUGUCAAAAUUGCUGCCACUCAGAAGCAUUAUUAUAAGUGGCAAGCUUAGUGGAAGUGGAAUCAUCGAAAGUGCGGUCUCAGUCGCUUGAAUCUCUCUCAGAUGUUCUUGGAGAAAUCGGCUUGGGAGACAGUUUGCGAAAAAACUCCAUAGAAUCAUAAAUGGGAUUGUGGUGAAUCCGGUGAUUCAUUCUGCAUCAGUAAUUAGUAGUUAGUAAUUAGUAAUUACAAAACUAACUCAAGCGUGGUCCCCACAAGGCCAAGAUUUCCCGGCCAUUUUUUACGGGUACCGGGGUACGUAUUGAUGAAUUAUUAAUUUAUUAGAAUAUUAUUAGUCGAUUAGUAUAUUAGUCAAUAAUUGUGUAAUAUUAAUCUGCAGCCAUCAACAAAUAAUAAACACUACGGUCACUACCGAUCAUUACAAAAUUUUGUCUGGACACCCCUUUUUUGACCUUGUUGGGUAGCAAAAUUUCCAAGAUUGCAGGUAAGUUAUAAAUCAUUCUUGACUCGGACUUUGAUUUUAACUUCAACAAUGAAGUCGCCCCGUUGGCACUCCUCUGCCGGGCAUGUGUCAAGCAUGCAAAUUUGCAUGUUGAUUCUUUGUGUGGUCUUCUUCGUUGCGUAUAUUUUGUCGCCGAUCUCUGUCUGGGGUAUCAUUGAUUGGGAAAAGAAACAAACCACCCAGGACCCUCUUGUGCAGUUCAUCUUCAAUCAAACUGGGACUGGGACUGGGACUGGGACUGGGACUGGGAUGGGUUCAGGAACUGCAGUAGGUAAGCAUGCUUCCUCCGUAGGGAGCCAUAGGCCCCAUGGGUCCCGUCAAAAAGCCCUUCUGUCAGUUGGUGGUGAGACGAAGACUCACCAGCUUGUCCACUCUUCGCAGCGAUGCAGUAGGGCUCAUGAGCUCUGUGGCUUUUCUUCCCCCCGCGAUGUGGCGAAGAUCUUGAGUGUCACUCACAAUUGCCGAGCUGGCGGGCAUCGCUUCUGGUUUCUCGGGCAGUGGCGGAAUUUCUCCCAGCUCGAGGAAUCCUUGUCAAAGCUACCAACAACGAAGAAGACACCUCCUUGCGUCAUCGGGUGCGUAGCCGGCGAGGUCCCGUGCUUGAAAGAGGCAUGCCUUCUUCAGUUCUACUUGCGCCCUCGGACAUCUGAUAUAUGGGUCCUACAACAGCUGUAUGAGAAGAUGGAGUACGAGUUUGUCGCCGGUUUCGAGUUGACGAGGAUUCUCGAUGCCGGGGCAAACAUUGGGCUCGCAUCGAUCAUUCUCGCCAACCUUUUUCCAAACGCUACGAUCGUUGCGCUUGAACCAAGCCCAACCAACUUCAAAGUCCUCCUCCUGAACGUUCACCCCUACCCCAACGUUAUCCCCCUCCAUGCCGCGCUUUGGGAUUCCGUGUCCCGUGUGGAGGUCAGCAACCCUGCGUCUGGGAACGAGUGGGGUACCAUGGUCCAUUCUUCUAAGUCCUGGUCCCGAGAUGGAACUGGUGGUCCCGACAGUUAUGAUGAAGGCAGAGCGGCAGCUCCUGCGGUGACCAUGGACUUCGUGGCAAACCUGUUCAAUAUAACCCAUUUCGACUUUGUCAAGAUCGACAUCGAAGGGGCAGAGAAGGAGGUGUUCACAAAGUCACACUCCAAUCGCCUGCAAUGGCUGGAGAGAGUGCCGUUGGUGAUGGUGGAGAUGCACGAUUGGAUGAAGGAGGGCUCCUCGCGUCCCGUUCUUAGCAUGUUCGAACGCGGCGACGGGAAGUAUACUAGAAUCCGCGAUUACGGCGUCUGGAAGGCCUGGGAGAACAAGGCGCUUAUCAAGCCGAUUCGGAAGCUCCACUUGUCUUACCCAAGCGCUUAGGCGAACUUAAUGGCAUUCAUAGUAUGUGUCUAUAUUACGCGGAUCGUCUCGUCGCGUCACAUGUAUAUUAUAGUAACACAUGCAAGCAUGUAUCUUCGGGCACUUCUGCUAGAGGUUAGAUAGAGGAUGUAUGAUCUCCCAAAGAGGAGGACCCAAUGCUUGACUCUGUUUUCCUUGAAGGGCUUGUUGGCUAGGGGCUGCAAAGAAGGGGGAAGGAUAAGUUGGAACUGCGUUUGUGAACCAAAAAGAAAAAGGGAAAAAAAAGGAAAAAGGUUGGCGCUGCAGGAAAGGUACUGGAGCCCAAGGAGAGCAUGCAGAAUAACUGGAAUCGUCGCAUUGUUCUGAAGA